GGGCGUGCCAAAUUCCAAGAGAGAGGAGAGGAGAGGGGAGUCAGAUAGAGAGAGGGGCGCGAGGUUACAUUGCAAGCUUUUUGCAAAAAUGGGGGACGAUCGACCUUUCGUGUGCAACGCUCCUGGCUGUGGACAGAGGUUUACCAAUGAGGACCAUUUGGCGGUACACAAGCACAAGCAUGAGAUGACUCUGAAAUUUGGACCAGCUCGGACCGACUCUGUUAUUAUUGCAGACCAGACACCCACUCCCACUCGUUUCCUAAAGAACUGUGAGGAGGUUGGUCUGUUUAAUGAGCUUGCCAGCUCCUUCGAACAAGACGACGAUGACAAGAGGGCCAAGAACUCUCUCCCUGCUGCCAACUCUGUAGCUUUGGACAUGAGCCUUCAGACACCAUCAGACGUGAAGGUGAAAGAGGAGGCGCCUGUAGAGGUUGAUUCUUCACCACCAGGCAGCCCUGAAUCUAUUUCUGGGAAUUCAGACAACAACAGGGAGCCUCUAGUUAAAGUAAAGGACUCACCAUCCAGGAAUUCAGCCCCCACUCCGACUAUCGUGCGUCCAGGUUCCCUCCCACUACACUUGGGCUUUGAUGCUCUUCAGCCCACCAUGCCGUCACCCACCUCUGUCAUCACACAGGCACCACCUUCAAAUCGUACUUUGGGUUCACCAACCAGCCAUUACCCCAUGAUGAUGCUUCCCUCUGGUCAGGCAGUGCCAGUUCUCCCUGGACCCGUACAGAUGCCGUCUGUCAUUAAUCUGGCCCGACCCAUGUGCAUGGUACCCAACAUUCCUGGGAUCCCUGGUCCUCCUCUGGGAGGCAGCAGCAGCGGCUCUAACUCCCCCUCUGGCUACAGCAUCCACUCAGAGGCCAAGAUGCGUCUGAAGGCAGCACUGUCCCAGCAGAGCCCGUCAGGACAUAGUAUGGGACUCAUGGCCAUGGGCAGCAGCCCCAUGGUACCUCAGAAGGCAGAGCAGAGCCAGCUGCUUGUCCAGCAUCCAGAUGCUCCAUCACCUGCACAACCUCAGGUAUCUCCAGCACAACCUACAGGUGGGCGUCGACGGCGUACGGCAGACGAUGACCCCGAUGAGCGAAGGCAGCGCUUCCUCGAGAGGAAUCGGGCGGCGGCAUCGCGCUGCAGACAGAAACGCAAACUGUGGGUCUGUUCCCUAGAGAAAAAGGCCGAGGAGCUCAGCUCUCUGAACGUCUCUCUGUCUAAUGAAGUGUCUCUUUUGCGGAACGAAGUGGCUCAUUUGAAGCAGCUGCUGUUGGCCCACAAGGACUGUCCUGUAACCACCCUACAAAAGAAGACUGCCUACUUAGCUGCAGAAGAGAGCAUGAAAGACACCUCGGAGCCGACAGGUUCUCCUGCCCCGGUGAUUCAGCACAGCUCUUUGGCGCACAGCCCCUCCACAGGGCAAAACGGUUUGAGCUCAAGGGCAGCAGCUGAAGCCAUGGCUAUGUCUGUGCUGGCAGGAAUGGGGCAGCAGCAGAGGGCUGAGAGUGGAGCCUCUCACAUUAUCAUGGCUGCACAGUCUCAAUCGGCUGCCAGAUGAUGAGCGAUGCCACCGUGGCCCAGACUUGGCUCAUCACCCAGGAGUAGAAAAGACUCCCACCUCCCAAGUUCCCUAAUCUCCAAGCCUGAAUUUCACAUUUUGCUCUUCCCCACCUCCCUCUAACCCUCCUGUGGAGCCAUCAUGCUGUGGCCUGGAGCUCAGCAGCAGCCUUCUGGGAAUGGACUGAGACUUUUGAGAGAGCUUCCUGUUCACUUUGCCAUAGACUACAGGGGCUGGACUCCAAUAUCCCUUCCCCUGGUUCCCCCCUGUGCUUCCCUGCUCAUCUCUCCCUAACCCUCAGUCAGAGUGACUCUUCACUGGACUGUAUGACUGCAUCGAAUAUACUGCCGUAAUGAACUGCCCAUGUGGACGCGUACCACACGUGUGCACAGUUUCAGACCCAUAGAUGUUACGUAAAUAUUCUUGAUCAAACCAGAUAGCAGACAACGCACAGGGCUUUACACUGUUUUCAGCAGGGAAUAGUGCCUCGCGCUCCUCGACUUUUCAGCCAUCCACACACCCACACAUACCAUCACAGCAUACGUCCCUAUACAUCCUCGGCUCCAAAGAUGCAGUAAUUACCUAGAAUGUCUGACGCUGAUGCUCAGACCUCAGUUAUUCACCCAGACCUUUUGGAAAUGGUUCCAACUCAAAGCGAUCUCAAGACGGACCCAUAAACCUUACCUCAUGUACACCCCUUUAUGAUAAAAUGUAUUAACUGUGUGUGUGAUUGUAUAUUUAUGUACAUCAGAACAUAGCAGUUUGCCUACUCCUGAUCUGAUGCAUUAUUAGCUAGAUUGUUAGCAUGUGACUUUUUCUAAUAGGGUGUUAUGUUCUUGAUACAGUAUGUGCAGCUAUAUUUUUUAGACUAAUUGGCACAUCCUCACAUGUUAAUCGCCAGAAACAAAACAUGUUGGAUUUUGACUUAGAAUUAGUUUAUUGGAGCAAGAUUUUUCGUCUGAGCUGAAGGAUAUUGAAUCCCUCUCAUCCUUCAUAGAUUUCCUAAAACACAGGCAGGUAGUUUAGCGGUUUAUUAGUUUUUAAGCGGAUGCCUUUUCCAUUUUAGAUGAAACUAUUCUCAAGACUGUGUUCGUCUGUGUGGGCCCUGGACUUACUGUAACUGUUAUUUUCACACUUCUCAGGAUGGUUGCACAUCCUUGCUGCUCGUUGGAAGUGCGAUGAACCCCUUAGUCUCUUUGCUCUUUACCAAACCUAAAAUAAGCCAUAACGACAACAAAAACAGAUCUCUGGAUCUCCAAAGACCACCUGGUACUUGUUCUGGUGACGGGAAGUAAAUAGCCUGACUGUUAUUUUAUGAUUCAGAGGUCACGGUGACAAUACAUCACUGUGUGUUACUUGCACUUAAACACAGUCUCGCAUACAACGUCUGAUAAUUUUGCCUUAAGAUCACAUUGGUGCCUCUGAUACUCCUGCUUCAACACACGCAGAUUUGCUCCUGUGAAAAAUAACAGCCUCAGAGAACUGUAUUUGUCUUAAUUUCAUAAAAUGUAAAGCAACCAAUGGGAAACGAGAGAUUUAACGACUCGCUGAUGUUUCCCUGAAGUCUGUAAAAACAACACUUCAUUCAGUGAUAGUGUAUUUGCUAAAGUGUAACAGUACAUGUCUGUCAUCUGGUGGAGAGACAAAGCAAAGACAAUUUCAGUGGUAAAAGCUUUAAAGGCAUAAAAACACAACUUGUGACUGUUUCUGAAAGGCUCCAGAUCUUUAGCAAUCCCACCGAGGUAUUCUACCCAGAUAUCAAUAUAUUUUUACACGAACACCGAAACAAGCGGUUUGCUUUUCUUGUUUUUCUUGUAUAUUUCUGUCCCUCUCCACCCCCAUUUUGCCCUCUGUUGUCUGAUAUGAUCAUAUAUUUGCAAGAUGUGAUAUUACAAAAACGAGAUCUGUCUGUUAACACGCACCGAUCAGCGACGACAUUAAAACCACCUGCCUGAUAUAGUGCGUCUUCCCGGGCCGCCAAAACAGCUCUGACCUGUCUGAGCGUUGACACGGGAGCUCUGGGGGUCUGACACCGUGACGUUGACAGACGAUCCUUUGGGUUGUGGGAUGGGGCCCCCCGUGGAUCAGGUUUUUUCCGGUGGAUUUCCCAGAUGCUCGGUCAGGUUGGGAUAUGGGGAGUUUGUAGGGUGGCCCAUGGGCUCUUUGUUGUGUUCCUCAAGGUGUUUUUUUUAGCAGUUUUAGUGUUGUUGCAGGACACAUUAUCCAGGGUGUGGGUGGUACAUGUCAAAGUAGCACCCACAAGGAUUCAUAGCAGAACAGUGCUUUAUAACAAGACUUCCCCUGUCAGUGGUUUUAAUGUUGCGGCUGCUCGGUGUGAGGACAUGUCUUUAUGCACUAAAGUUAAUUGUUGCUUUGUAUUACUAUUCAUUUUAAGUUUUUACAGUUGUCUUGUCCUGGUCUUUGUCAGAGAAUUUUUUUUUUUUUUUUUUUUUUUUUUUAAAUGUUUGUUUCCUCUUAUCUGUACUGUAUACACAAAUGGGAAAUUGCUCAUCAACUUUAAAACUUUUACCUUUGACUGAACCUUUUAUCCUACAGUCCCAAAGGCGACCCCAGCAUUUUGUUGUACCUGCUGGCACUAUAUUUGCCUGGCAGUCCCGUAUAGACGAUUGUUCAUAUGAAAUGACGAUUCAAACUAUAUUUAGCUUUUAUGUUUUCCUGUAGUUCAUGUCAUCUGCACCUUUUUCUUUCAUUUGUUUUGUUUUCUUUUGUUGCGUGCUGUUGUCAGCACUAUACAACCUUUGUCAUAACGCUUCUGAUUGUACUGAUGAAUAUAGAGACUAAUUUCUGUAACACAAAGAUUGUUUUGUUUUUUGGUUUGUUUUCUGAACAGAAACAUGUAGACCUUUUUCAAAAAAGAAAUUUUAUCCCCUUUGUUAUAUCUUCUAAGAUGAAUUUGGUCCCGUCUUUUGGCUGUUCUCAUCUAACUUAUUUUUUUAAUUGGUCAAACAACAAUAUUCAUUACAGUCUUUGGCCUAUUAGUGUUAGUUAGAAUUGUCGUGAAAAGAGCAAUUGAAUGAAAAAUGCAACAAUGUGAAAGUUGCACAUAGUGUAUUAAUGGUUUUUCACACUCCCAUUGUUGGACUGAUGAUUUCAAAAUUUGUCCCUGUACUGUACAUAUCUGUACUAUAUGAAUAUAUUUACUUUUCCAUGCAUGUCCAAGUGGAAUACCAUGAACACUUAAAGUGCUGCAGUUUUGAUUAAAGAAACUACAUCUAAAUGAA